GGCAGGACCUCCUAGGUGCAGGACACGGGCGUCUCUGCAGCCUGCACCCUCGUGGACCCCAGGAGGACCCCCUCACCGGCCUCCUCCCAUCCCUGCAGGCUCCCGGAUGUCUGCUCCCGCUGCCUGGCCUCUCUCCAAUCCCGGCACCAGUUCAAAUCUCGGAGCCGGGUUGGGGCCGAGCCCUGGGGGGCCAUGAAUGGCAGCGGGAGGCAUAUCCAUUCCCGGGUGGAAGGGGUCGGGUCCUCAGUAAGGCCCCACCCUCAGGCCCGGGAGAGCCUGAAGGCUGGGGCCAGGCCGCCAGUCCUGCACACCUAAGUGGUGCCUCUUCCAGCCUGCCCAUGGCCCCCGAUGGACCAAUCUGCGUGCACUUCCUCCCUUCUGAGGUCCAUAAAAGACCUUGGCUUAGCCAGAGCAGGGCAGAGGAUGGCUAGAGGACGAAGAGGGCAGAGAGAUGAUAGGACGACCAGCUGCAGAGAGGAGCUAUCCUCUCUGCUGAUAGCAGGAGACAAUGGGAGGACCAGCUACAGAGAGGAGCUACCCUCUCUUCUGAGAACCUCAGAGACCUGCGGAGACGUCAGGACUAUCAGCUGCAUAGAGGAGCAACCCUCUCCAGGACCUUCUCCCUGCUGAGAACAGCAGAUAUUAGCAUGACUUGCCUACAGAGCGGAACUACCCACUGAGGUCUCAGCAUGAAACAGCAGCAGUGGUGUGGGAUGACUGCCAAAAUGGGCACCGUGUUGUCAGGGGUCUUCACCAUCAUGGCCGUAGACAUGUAUCUCAUCUUUGAACAGAAGCACCUAGGGAAUGGCAGUUGCACUGAGAUCACACCAAAGUACGAGGGUGCAAGUGACAUCAUAAAUAACUUCAUCAUCUGCUGGAGUUUUAAAAUCGUCCUCUUCCUGUCUUUCAUCACCAUCAUCAUCAGCUGCUUCCUCCUGUACUCAGUGUAUGCCCAGAUCUUUAGGGGCCUGGUCAUCUACGUUGUCUGGAUUUUUUUCUAUGAAACUGCAAACAUCGUAAUACAAAUCCUCACCAACAAUGACUUUGGCAUUAAAGAGGUCAGAAUCAUGCGCUGGUUUGGCUUGGUGUCUCGUACAGUCAUGCACUGUUUCUGGAUGUUCUUUGUCAUCAACUAUGCCCACAUAACCUACAAAAACCAGAGCCAGGGCAAUAUAAUUUCCUACAAGAGACGAAUUUCUACAGCGGAGGCUCUCCACAGCAGAAAUAAAAGAUUAUCAGUUUUGAGUGGGUUCAGUGGCUCACACCUGGAAUCCCAGUACUCUGAGAGGCAGAGGAGGUGCUCUGCUAAAACAAGUAUAAAAUGAAUGUCAGGAUGUUCUCCCUCAUGAUGGGCAUCUUCUCUGUCCUUAAUACCAGCCAGUUCUUCAUCUUUGACCUGAACCAGAAGACACACAUUUGCUGUGACGCCAAGUUCAGCAUCUAUGUGGACUCAAAGUCGGAGCUAGUCACUUGGAUCCUGUUCCACAGGGCUAACAUCAGCACUGGCCUCUCCCUCACCACCAUCAUCAUCAGCUUCUUCUUCCUUUAUUGUAUCCACAAGAAUAUCUACAUGGGGCUUCUGAUCUAUGCCAUGUGGAUCAUCACUUACGAGCUCAUCAACUUCUCCAUAGUCCUGCUCCUCAACAGGAUCAUCAAAGAUCACUUCAAGACGCUGAGUUACUUGCACUGGAUCUUCCAAAUCUCACACAUGCUUCUGCACUUUUUCUGUCUGCCCUUCAUCGUCAAGCACGCAUACAACCUUUACAAGGAAUCCCAGACCGUGAGCAGGAAACGCCGCCCUAGGCUCUCCUCCAACAUUGCAGUGAACUGAUGACUACCUGUCCGUCGGGGAAUGUUGUACCGGAAGUUAAACUGAACCAUGCCAGAUGCCAGGAAAGGUGGGAGGGAAUGGUGCUCCUCAACAAUGGAAUCCUCCCUACCCUGCCUGUCUUCUGUUGAUGCUGCUUGGUUUGUCAGGGCUUUUGAGUUUUAUGCACUAAGGAAUGAUUCUCGGGAG